AGCGUCAUGGCUUUCCCCUUUUUCCCAUCAGCAGAUCAAAAACUGUAGCUGGGAAGUGGUGGCGACUAGCGGGCAAGGCUCCAGGCCCAGGCAGGAAGGGGUAGGUCGCAGCAGCACGGGUGGGAGCCCACGUGAGCUCACAGCCGCCCUUCCUUUCGCGGUUAUUUUUGGUUUCCAUGGCCAGCAGGAUUCCUAUCAGCGGGAACAAAAGGGGCUUGAACAGGUUCCGAUGGCAGAAACGGACGCCGGGGGCGAGAGGAGCAGGCCCAUGCCCCUCGGCUUCAGGGAUCUGAGCGUCUAGAUGCGGGGUAUGGGGUGGGUGGCUUCUGUGUUGGUGGCCUCGGACACCCCCACCCCGCCUGGCCCUGCGUUAGUAGCGUCGCCUCCAUCCAGCCAGCCUGGCAACUCCUGAACCCCCUGCAUGAGCAAGUGAGGACUUGCUUCUGCGCCCUCCAGUGAAUCCUCAGAUCACGUGGACCCCCCUACCUAGCCUGCUUCCUGACGCCCCUUCUUACGCAUGCGCCCCACUUCGGGUCUGGCUCCAGCACAAAGCGGCGAGUCCCGCCCUGCAGCUCCGACUCCGCCCCCGGCUCGCGUGUCCCGCGUGCGCAUUGGCCAGCCGUGGACCUGGAUGUUGGCCGGCUUGGCCAGGUGCUGGUAUGCUGGUAUCUUCGAGGAUCAAACCGAUAAUGCACAAGGAGACGGGCACGCCCCCGGCAUCCCAACCCCGCGCCGGCAGCCAGCUGAACGCGGAGGUCCGCCCGGAUCGCUCCAGCCUGGGCCCCGGCGCACAGCGGCAGGCCGGCGGGGCCACGCCUCCGGGCGCUGCGGGCCCCAGGUUGCCCUCCUAGACCGCCCCUCUAGGGGAAAAGCGCAGGCGCCCAGGUGGCCCAGCCUCGUCCGCCGGGCAGGGUCAGGGCGACCUGAGCGCGGCUGCUGGCAGAGGCUUUGCAACAACAUCUGACAGCCCCGGACUGGCCAGCCCGAUGGCGCGCAGGGCCGAGCCCCCCGAUGGGGGCUGGGGCUGGAUGGUGGUGCUGUCGGCGUUCUUCCAGUCGGCGCUGGUGUUCGGGGUGCUCCGCUCCUUCGGGGUCUUCUUCGUGGAGUUUGUGGCGGCGUUUGAGGAGCAGGCGGCGCGCGUCUCCUGGAUCGCCUCCAUUGGCAUCGCCGUGCAGCAGUUUGGCAGUCCAGUAGGCAGUGCCCUGAGCACCAAGUUCGGGCCUCGGCCGGUGGUGAUGACUGGGGGUGUCCUGGCCACUUUUGGGAUGCUGCUGGCUUCCUUUGCUACCUCUUUAACCCAUCUGUACCUGAGCAUCGGGCUGCUCUCAGGCUCUGGCUGGGCCUUGAGCUUCACUCCAACCCUGGCCUGCCUGUCCCGUUACUUCUCUCGCCGACGAUCCCUGGCCACAGGGCUGGCCCUGACCGGUGUGGGCCUCUCCUCGUUUGCUUUUGCUCCGCUUUUCCAGUGGCUGAUCAGCUACUACGCCUGGCGGGGAGCGCUACUGCUGGUGUCCGCCCUGUCCUUUCACCUGGUGGCCUGUGGAGCUCUCCUGCGACCCCUGUCCCUGGCUGAGGACCCUGCCGUGGGCGGCCCUGGGGCCCAGCUCACCUCGCUUCUCCACGAAGGCCCCUUCCUGCGGUACACGGUGGCCCUCACCCUGAUCAACACCGGCUACUUCAUCCCCUAUGUCCAUCUGGUGGCUCACCUCCAGGACCUAGGCUGGGACCCACUGCCUGCUGCCUUCUUGCUCUCAGUGGCUGCCAUCGCUGACCUUGUGGGGCGUGUGGCCUCAGGGUGGCUGGGAGAUGCAGUCCCGGGACCCGUGGCACGACUUCUCAUGCUUUGGAGUACCCUCACUGGGGUGUCCCUGGCCCUGUUCCCUGUGGCCCGGGCCUCCACGGCCCUCGUCAUCCUGGCUGUGGCCUAUGGCUUCACCUCAGGGGCCCUGACCCCCGUGGCCUUCUCCGUGCUGCCUGAACUGGUGGGGACUGCAAGGAUUUACUGUGGCCUGGGACUGGUGCAGAUGGUGGAGAGCAUCGGGGGGCUGCUGGGGGCUCCUCUGUCAGGCUACCUCCGAGAUGUGACUGGCAACUACACGGCUUCUUUUGUGGUGGCUGGGGCCUUCCUGCUGGCAGGGAGCUCGGUUCUCCUCACCCUGCCUCACUUCUUCCCCUGCUCCCCAGCACCCACCUCCGGGUCCCCCCAAGCCCCAGUCACAGAGGCCCUGGACAGCAAAGGCCCCCUUCCUGAGGAAGAGGGCCCGGGAGAUGCCUGAGCUCGGCAAAGAGGCUGACAGGUCCAGAAAGCCUGCCCCGGGUGACCGGCCAACUCCUGCUCAGUCUGCACAGCCACACAGCCAUAGUGCCUUCAUCUGCCAGAGCCGCCCCCACCCAGGC